CACCCCAGUCCCAUUCACCACGUCCCCAGUGCGUCAGUGGUGACUAACUGUCCUGGUUUAAAAGCAUGGCUAGGGCUGUCUCUUCUCACAUUUUACAAGAACUGUUCACCCUGGAGGUGCUAAGACAGUCAGCCUUUCUUCUUACGGCUCAAAAGAGUCGGUGUACGGUGAUUAUAAAGCAGGCCCACAGAAGCGUCCACAGAAUGCCGCCCGUUCCCGCCCAGACCCAGACCAGCGUCCGCACGCUACAUGGCGACCUGGACAAGCUGCAGCCCCGCGUCAGAACUUGGGUUGAGCAGCAGGCGAGAAUUUGUCAGCCAGACAACAUCCACAUCUGUGAUGGUACCACGGAGGAGAACACCAUCAUCCUGAACAUGCUGGAGGCACAGAAGGUCAUCAAGAAACUGCCCAAGUACGACAACUGCUGGUUGGCCAAUACGGACCCAAAAGACGUCGCCCGCGUAGAAAGCAAGACGGUGAUCUGCACGGAGAACGAGAGAGACACCAUCCCCAAGCCCGCGGAGGGCGUGAAGGGACAGCUCGGACACUGGAUCUCCCCUAAGGACAUGGAGAUCGCCUUCGAAGAACGGUUUCCUGGCUGCAUGAGGGGUCGCACCAUGUACGUCAUCCCUUACAGCAUGGGACCGGUGGGCUCUCCGCUGGCCAAGUACGGCGUCCAGGUGACGGACUCCGCGUACGUUGUGGCGAGCAUGCGCAUCAUGACUAGGAUGGGUGCAAACGUGCUGGACGCCAUCGGCGAGGACGAGUUUGUCAAGUGCCUCCACUCGGUCGGAGCGCCCAUCCCCGAUUCAGAGAACGGCACGAAAAAGUGGCCCUGCAACCCUAAAAAGGUGAUGAUCGCCCACAUCCCCGACAAGAGGGAGAUCAUCUCGUUUGGGAGCGGCUACGGAGGCAACUCCCUGCUGGGGAAGAAGUGCUUCGCCCUGAGAAUAGCCUCGAGAAUCGGCCGGGACGAAGGCUGGCUGGCAGAGCACAUGCUGAUCCUGGGCAUCACCAACCCCCAGGGAGAGAAGAAGUACAUCGCUGCAGCCUUCCCCAGCGCCUGCGGCAAGACCAACCUCGCCAUGAUGCAGCCCACCCUCCCCGGCUGGAAGGUCGAGUGCGUCGGCGAUGACAUCGCCUGGAUGCGCUUCGACGACGAGGGCAGGCUUCGCGCCAUCAACCCGGAGAACGGGUUCUUCGGCGUCGCGCCCGGAACGUCGAUGGACACGAAUCCCAACGCCAUGAGGACGAUCCACAGUAAUACGGUGUUCACCAACGUAGCAGAGACCAGUGAUGGUGGUGUUUGGUGGGAAGGCAUGGAGAAGCCACAGGAGGGAGUUGAGAUCACCACCUGGCUAGGGAAGAAGUACGACCCCACUGACAAGAACAUGAAGGCCGCCCACCCCAACUCUCGCUUCUGCGCCCCCGCCGCCCAGUGCCCCAUCAUGGACCCGGCCUGGGAGAGCCCUGAGGGCGUGCCCAUCGACGCGAUCGUGUUCGGCGGCAGAAGACCCAAGGGCGUGCCUCUGGUGUACGAGGCAUUCAACUGGACCCAUGGUGUGUUCAUCGGCGCUGCCAUGAGAUCGGAGGCGACCGCAGCUGCUGAGCACAAAGGCAAGUCCAUCAUGCACGAUCCCUUCGCCAUGAGACCGUUCUUCGGCUACAACUUCGGGCAGUACCUCACCCACUGGCUCAGCAUGCAGAACCACCCGGGCGCCAAGCUGCCCAAGGUGUUCCACGUCAACUGGUUCCGUAAGGCGGAGAAGGGCGGGUUCCUCUGGCCAGGCUUCGGCGAGAACUCCCGCGUGCUGGACUGGAUCUGUCGCAGGGUCGACAACGAGGACUGCGCCCGGGAGUCCCCCAUCGGCCACAUCCCCUCGGAAGGGUCCCUGAACUUGGAGGGGUUGAAGGAGGAGGUGGAUAUGCAGGAACUGUUCUCCCUGCCCAGAGACUUCUGGACCCAGGAGGUCAAGGAGAUCGAGAAGUACUUCCGGCAACAGGUCAGCGGAGACCUGCCCAACGAGAUCGCGAAUGAGCUACAGAAGCUGGGAGAGCCGUGUGCAGAAGUUGUAAGAAGGGACGGGGGGAGAAUAAGAAAGAAAGGGGGGGCUGGGUGCGAAAUUUUAUUAAAAUGAAGACUGGAAUUGCUGGAAGAAGCAUGUUUUAUGAUGAGGAACAGCGACUUUAUUUUAGAGGUGGUUGUGCUUGGUGUUUUUGUCGUUUGGCAUCAGGAUUACAAACAAACGGAAGAGAGAGUAUUUUAUUCUUAGGUCACCAAGCAGGCACCGUGGGAGGUCCUAGCCUCUUACCGAUGAACCAGUACACGUUUUCAGACUCCUUGGCGUGACCGUCAUAAAUAAUCACCGAUAAUUAUACAGAAAUUACCGCCAUCCUCUGCAGUAUGGAUGUAUUGUCCGUGCAUUGGGGUUUUGGUAACAGAUUCUCAAUAUACUUAUACGACACGUAGCUUUUCGAAAGACACCUAGCUUUUCAGCUGGCUUGAACUACAUGUAGAUUGUUAUUUGCACAACCAGACAUGCUACUUCUUACGCCAACGUUACCUCGUGGCCUAGAUGGAUCAACAAAGUUGCACUCUUUGUCAUCAAUGAGGUGUUUUACUUCAACAUAUUUUUCACUCAUACUCUAGUUUGUAGUUGUGGUGUUUGUUAUAGACAGAUCAUCACAAUGCAUUCCUCAAAUGUACAGAACAAUUUUUUUUGCUGCAUUGAUUGCGGCUUUUUCUUUUCCUUUUUUUUUUAAUAGAAAAUAUUUGUGUAUGUCCAGUCAGUUUGGUCAACUUUUGUGGAAUACCAAAUCCUUUUGCAGCACUAAAGCUGUGGUAAGAGUAUAACUACAAACUUUGAUGUGUAAUGCUGCGUCUUGUAUGCCUAGAGUCUUCAAGGUAUGGGGUCUCCUCUUUGUAUGGUGACGCCAGUUUUAUAUUCUUACCUCAGCGAGUCUGUACUUUUUACCUUAGAUGUGAUACCUAUUUAUGUAGUAUCUAGAAAAUGUCUAUAUUUGUGAUUUUUCAGAACGAGAAAAGUAUGGGAUGCAUUGAUUCUGGGUGGGGUGGAGCAUUAGCAAGGAAACUUUUAAUGGCAAUGACUUGAAUGAAGCUGCUACAUGAUGUGAAGUACUACAUGUUUUUAAAUGUAGCCUUGACCGUUAUUUAAAUGUUGCUGUUUGUCUAAUACUAAUGUGUAUUGUGUACAUAUAUAAAUAUAUAAACACUUAAGGGAAUACACUACUGAUGGCCAAACUGGCCUUUUUCUUCUGAUCCUGAGUUUUGAUCUGGGCGUUCAAGUCCCACUUUGUGACCUUAAUUUAUCAUUUGUACAGAUGUGUAGGUCACUUUUAGUCACAUGUACCUCGCACAUUUUUUGUCUUAUCCCUUCACCCAUUAAAUGUCAAUUUCCACUAUGAUCUAA